AUGCGCGUGGCCUCCCAUGGCGCUUGUUGGCCGCUUGAUGGUUUGAUCACUGCAGCGCCGCUGCGCUGCCGAACCCAAGUGUUCAAUGCUAACAGGGGCCAGCAUUGCCAGCAUGGAUCAGCCAUCGCUGGCGUCAUGGCCGCCAGCUUGGCCAGGGAAUUCUUGUUCCAGGCUGGUCGUUUCUGCUCACGAAGCACUCGCUGCUUCGGGUCCGGCCCAGCAGAGCCAGAAUCGAUGGCGACAGAAACUUUCCGAGAUGUCGGCGAAGUGCGAGUUUUUGCAUAUCCCGUCCAAGACCGGGCUCGAUGCAUAGCAGUGGUGAGAGGCAAUGUCUCGAGACUCGGUGGUGUUCCCAUCCCGGUGCGAAUUCAUUCCGAGUGCUUGCUCGGCGAUGUGUUUGAUUCCACGCGUUGCCAAUGUGGGCCGCAAUUGCGAGACUUUAUGCUCAACGUCUUGGGGAACGACGAGCAUAGAAACGGUGCGAUGCUAUAUAUGCAGGGCCACGAAGGCAAGGGCAUCGGCUUAAGCAACAAGCUCCGCAGCUACGUUUUGCAGGAUGGAUCCGAGCAGCUUUCUGAAGAAGACGCGAACAUUCGCCUUGGUUUCGCACCGGACGAACGCAGCUUCCGUGCGGCUGCCGCGGCGCUUGAGCACCUUGAAGUAGACAGCGUUGUCCUAUACACGGACAACCCACGCAAAGUUGCAGGCAUCUCCGCGGCAAUCGCUGCUGUUGUUCCGUGGUCUUCGCGGGAGCAGAGAUGGAUUGAUGAGGCGGUGUGGGCCAGGAUACGUGGACAGCCGACGUGA